CCAGAUUGCAGACUAUAAUUUAGAGAACAACACAUGAAACGUCUUUUUUAAUUUAUUUUUGAGAGUGUGAGAAAAUUCUAUAGAAACCAUAGAUAAAACCUACAAGGAAAUAGUGUGUGCACUUCACGAUGGUCAUUCUACUAUUUUGGCAGGUAUGAUUUGUCUUGAUUUUAUAAACUUGAGUGAAUUAUUUUGUAGUGUGUAAAGCUGGCAGAGCCCAGAGGCAGCAGACACACUGCCACAGACAGCUUUAUUUUUUUGUCAGAGGCCAGGCUGAAGCCCCCAUGAACGAAUUAGAGGAAAAAUGAUGAAGACAUUAUUUCAGGCAUCAGAUUUUUCUUUCCAACUUCAUCCAUGUGAAUAAGUCACUUGGUCGUUCUUGUUGGUGAAGCAAAUUAAACACUUCUGUUUAAUCAGUUAAUAAUUCCUAUGGCCCAUGAGAUGGGUUUUAAAGACGAGAUUACGCCAACUGAUAAUGCUAGACCCACUAUUCUGCUGAUUGUGGUGCUUGAUUUCAGUGCCAUCUCCAGUUUUGCAUUAGUGAAACAAGCUGGAUUACUAUUACUUUACCCGGAAGCUUCCAAUGGUCUCUGUUCCGUCCUGGCAAUGCCGUUGAGUUUGAAUCUGGAACUCUCGUGUAUAGUUUACCCUAGCACAAUCUCAGGAGUUCUUAUCGCAUUUUUUCUAACGUCGCAUCUCGUGUCUAUCUUCGGGAUUAUGUUACGGUAUGCGACAGGAGUGCGGGGAUUCUUUGGGGUGGGGAUCAGAUCACAUUUUUUCCUGGAGUUAAACAUUGAAAUAAUAAAAAUUAUUAUUGUGUGUGACACAGUGAUAAUCUUUGUUGGCGGCUCUUAAAAUACGGCAAGAAUUUAACCAAUAAGUUAAUAAUACAAACUAAUUGGUAUAGCUUUAAACAUAUUGAAAUAAUAAAAAAUAUUAUUAUGUGUGACACCUUGAUAAUCCUUGCUGGCGCUGUUAAAAUAUGGGAAGAAAUAAACCAAUAAGGAUAAUAAAACACUAAACUAAUCGGUAUAGCUAUAACUACUGCUUCACGUGUAAUACUGCUGUAAGGAUCGGAUAAUGGAAGGAUCAAAUAAUUUCGUUUUACUAUGUGACGGGCGCCACAUUAUUUAACUUUAUCGUAAAUUGUUUCAGCUGCGCACGGCGAGAACUUGUAGGAUCACGGGAGAUUAAAUAUUUUCAUAACCAUAAAUUUUUUGAGUCGAAAUAGACGUACAUGAACACGCAGAUAAGAUAGAUGUGUGUGAAUGCUAUAGUCCACAUCUAACGUCUCUGUUGGAGUUCAACAAAUAAUAAAAGCUGUACUCCAAAUUAGAUCAAAAGGUCAACAAAUAAAAAUAAAGUUAUCGUUAUAUUCACAAAUGGUUUUUACCUUCAAUCGAGAUAAGCUGUCUCCGUUCAAUUGUCACCAUCAUAUCGGACAUCAUAUAACACACCUUCGUAUUCCGUCGUCAUUUUCAGUUGACUUGUUGUAUGAUAUGGAAGUCAGAGUGAGCAGACGCAGUAGUCUCAAGACCCGACCGGAUGUCGGAUUUCUUUUUGAAGGUAAAAAUGUGAGUUGUCGGAAUCGACCGUUGCGUCUGGGUGAAAGAAGUUGUGAUUCUUCCACCAUUUACCGCGGAAUUUGGAAGGGAAUUCCCCCAUUGGAACACAAAGCCGCAAUCAAAAGAGUUAAAAAAACUGAUUGCAUGGAACACUGGGAAGUAGUUGUUGACUGGCAUCAAAGAGGAACCCUCAAUCACUCCAAUGUCCUAAAAUUGUUUGGAUUCGAGGAAGAUACUGAAUGGAGAUAUUUCGCCUUGGAACGAUUCGAUGCCACCCUGGAGCAAUUCUGUAACAAACAGUAUACAGGGCCGAUGCCAUAUGACAAUCAAGUCCUUUAUCAAAUUUCCAAGGGGCUCAUCUAUUUGCACAAGAAAGGCCUGGCUCAUGGAAACCUUACUCCGAAAACUAUUCUCAUUGCAAAUUCUGACCCAGUCAAGAUGAAGCUUGCAGACUUUGGGUUGUGCCAGGGCAUUGCUGCUGAUGGCACGGAAACUACUAAACCUACCAUCCAUUCAGCAGAAUUGAACGACAUUAUCGAGCGGGAUAAGAAUUCGGAAUUGGAUCCAGCUACUGCCAGUAGUGGCAGCAAAGAAGAGCUUAGCCACUCAAAAUUUUGGAAGAGACCCGAAAUAAUAGGAUCGUUAACGAGAUCAGUAUCGAGCUCAGGAUCAAGUCGUUCCGUCGAAUCGACAGUCCCAAUCACCAAAGACAUCAGCUACUCGAUCCCCGGUGCUACAGCGGAAGGAGAUACGUUCGCAGCCGGAUGCUUGUUCUUUUAUUUCAUUAAGCGAGGUCUGCAUCCGUUUGGUGACGCGCAUUCGAUUCUAAACAAUAUUCAAGAAUGGAAACCUGUCAAUAUAAAAGAAUUAGACGAACACCACUUUGCGUACAAACCAAUUCUCGAUCUAAUUGGAAACUCGUCAAUCGAAGGAAGUCAGCAAUUCUUGAUUGAGGCAGCAUUAAAGUUUCGAGUUGGGGCGUUUGCCGUUGCUUGGAAAAUGAAUAUGUUGAAAAAGUAAAAUCAUUUUGCAAGUAAUAUUUCUGACAAGCGACUUGCAGAUAGUUUUUCUCCAUUACAUAAAUAAUUUCUUCAAAAAAAAAUUGUUUUGUAACAGAUAAUAAAUGUUUCGUAUGCAAAGUGCAAUCCAGAACGAUGUUGCAAAAAGAGAUGUAUUUUCAAAAGUAGAGUAAUACACACAAGGGGAAAAAUUUGUAUUUUUGAAAUGAUGUCCAACAAUUAGAAGACUGUGUAUAUUGCUAUAGAAUGGAGAGAACACAGAGGAUGCUAAACUACUGAUGGGCUUCAAGGAUUAGCCUACAGGGUGGAUAAGAAAUAUUGAA